AUGUCGAGAUUACGAAAAUGCACAAGAGCCACAGUGCUCUCGAUCCUCCUCGCCUCCGCUCACGCCGCCUCUAUUCCCUCCGUUUUUGGGCGACAAGACACAUGCGCCGCCGAGGGCUUCACCUCCUGCGGCAACGGCCUCCCCGGCAACUUCUGUUGUGAGACAGGCAAGAACUGCAUCACUCUGGCUGGAAACACCACUGUCCUCUGCUGUCCCGAAGGAAGUAGCUGCGAAAAAAUCAAGACAAUCACAUGUAAUAUCAACCUCCAAGAUCCUCAGGCAUACCCCGAUGCGCCCAUCAAGACCAAGGCCCUCAAGGGCAAGCUCGGCACCUGCGGCGAUGACUGCUGCCCCUUUGGAUACAGCUGCAACAGCCUGACGCAGUGCGUAUUGGAUUCAGACCAGACCAAGGCCCCGGAAGAAGCGUCCACCACGCCUCCAGAGCCAACGUCAACGUCCACUGCCGCUCCGAGCGUGAUCCCGACGACCCUCACCCCCAGCACGACGCCCGCAGACAACGACAACAAGGACAACGACACCUUCCCUACCGCCAUCGUCAUCGGCUCCCUCUGCGGCCUCCUCGUCGGUGUGGGCCUCGGCGUCGCCCUACUCCUCUUCUGCGCCCGCCGCCGUCGCCGGAGCCCGCCCCCGCCCAACGAGAAGAAACGCGGCGGCGGCAGCGGCGCCCCUCGCCCGUCGACCUCGACCUCGUCCUUUGGGAACAUCAUCUCCGAGCCCAUCCCCAUCACGGACAACGCCACCGUACGGACGGACUUUAUCCUCAAGACCCCUUCCACAACGCACUCAUACUCCCGCAGCGGCUCCGGCUCCGUCAAGUCGCCGACGGCUUACAAGGCCAACGGCCACAACCGCCUCUCUUCAACGGCGACGACGCUGGCGCACCACCCCAUCGGUCUUGCGCGCAGCGACUCUGCCCCGCGGACGCCUCCAAGUAGAGGACCGGGGGGAGGACUAGGACUUGGGGCAGGGGUUGGGUCAGGCACCGCCGUCCCUCCCAUCCGCGGAAUGCGUCCCAAUUCCGGGUCUAGGCGCUUCCAGCCGCCCAACGUGCCCAACCCGCUCGCGCCGCCGAAGCCGGGUUAUCUCCAGCGUGAGCCGAGCAGCGAGAGCAUCAACGUCUUUGCGGACCCGCGGACGGUGGGCGGGAGCGGGAGGCCCGGGGCCAAGAGGAACACAACGUUUACGGAUAUGAUGGAGGAGGCGGAGCUGGGCGACGUGAGGAGGGGGAAGCCGUAUGUGCCGAAUACGCCGCAGAUGCCUUCGCAACUGGGUCGAUGA